AUGUUUAAGACCGCCAACUCUUUCUUCUCCAACGCUGUCAAGAUGGUGACAAUGCUGGACUCAUCCUGGUCACAAUCGAGGUGUUUCUCAGCAGUGCUUGAGGAUUCUGGUGGUGAGCUGAUAGAGAUGGCAGUUAAGGCAUUGAGAACAAAGAGGUUGUCAUUUGAGCCUGAGCCCGGGGACACAAGCUUCAUAAUGGGGGCAACCAAUUUCCCUUUCCAGGACAGCGUGAUGCAAGCUAUUAAAUCCAACAACCCAUAUACAGAUUUCCGGAACUCCAUGGAGGAAAUGAUUGAAGCUUAUGGGUUGGAGGAUUAUGCAACAAAGGAUUGGGAGUAUCUCGAGGAGUUAUUGGCAUGGUACUUGAGGAUGAAUGGGAAGAAAAACCACCGGUAUAUAAUCGAGGCCUUCAUUGACAUGUAUACUGAGCUUCCUUCUUUAUGUUCUUUUUCUUAUCAUGCGUCAGCUUCAUCUUCAAAAUCGAAAGAUUGGUGGGAAAUUGAGGUUGAAAGCAUUCCUUCAUGUGCAGAGAAGGGAAAAUGUCCAAAAUAUUGUUGA